UUCCGUAGCGCUUCCGUUUCGCGGUCUUUUCGGCUGGCGCAGUAAACCAGUAAACUUCGCUUUAGUGAAACAGCAAGUGAACCGCGAUAGUCUUCUUAAUAUAACGCUCUCAGCUACUUGAGUGAGUUCAGUUGCCGUCCCGAGAAAAGGCACAAUGCUUGUCAUCACGUCUUGCGACCUAUCGUCGUGCAGCACCGACCUGGAAUCGUGUCCGAAAGGUCAAAUUCAGCUCAUUAUUGGUCCCAUGUUCUCGGGAAAGACAACCGAGCUCAUGCGUCGGUUAAAGCGGUACCAAGUCGCAAACCACAAGUGUCUCAUCAUCAAAUACGCAGGGGACACGCGCUACGAAGAGGAACACAUCAGCACCCAUGAUAGCCAAGCCAUGCCCGCCAUCAAAGCCAGAACUCUAGCCGAGCUCGGUAACCUGGAGGCCGACUUCAGAGUCAUUGGGAUCGACGAAGGGCAGUUUUUUGCAGACAUUGUCGAAUUCUCCGAAAAGAUGGCCGAACUCGGGAAAAUCGUUGUGGUCGCAGCUCUGGACGGCACUUAUCAACGGAAGGGGUUUCCGACCAUAAUGGAGUUGGUGCCCCUUUCGGAGAGCGUCAUCAAGUUGACGGCGGUCUGCAUGAUCUGUUACGCCGAGGCGUCGUACACCAAGCGCCUGGGAAUGGAGAAAGAGGUGGAAAUCAUCGGAGGGGCGGACAAGUACAUGGCAGUCUGCAGGAGCUGUUAUUCGAAAGAGGACACGUCAAGAAAAGAAGAGUCCUAGCUUCUCGACCGUGAGCACAUAACGAAGACGACAUGUUGAUUUUUUCGCCCCUCCACCGGUGAUUCCAUGGCACACCACCACCGCAUUUGCAUCCCUUUUGAUAGUUCUUGAACGCGUCGACACUACACAACAAGUUGCCCAUCCUCUUUUAUAUCGUUGCACAUUCAUCUUGUACAAUUUUGCUCCAAUAAAUGGAUCUUAUGCAUA